AUGGUGGAAUGGGACCAUGGUCUCAAGGUGUGGGAUUUUAAGGUUGUUAAUAAACUUAAGAUUAUCAAGCAGAAUCUCAUUCAGUGGAAUAGGGAGCUCUUUGGAAAUAUCUUCGAUAAGAAAGCUGAGGUGGAAGCUGACUUGGCAGAAGUUAAUGAGCAAGUAAUGAGAUAUGGGAUGGAUGAGACUUUGUUUCUCAAAGACAAGAAACUAAUGACAGACCAUGAAUCUAUUCUUGCCAAAGAAGAAGUCUUCUGUAAACAAAAAUCUAGAGAGACUUGGUUGGAGGUGGGUGAUAAGAAUACCAAAUUUUUCCACAAUAGCAUAAGGAUGAGAAGAGUUAGAAACCAUAUUUCUAGAAUUAAGUUAAGUAAUGGCUUUGAGGUGGCUAAUCCUAUAAUCAUUGCGAAAGAGGUUGUUGAUUUCUUUUCUCUUAUCCUAAACUCAGAUUGGAGCCCUCACAACUCUGAACAAGACAUGUUUAUUAAGAACAUCCCUAGGCUUUUAAAUAAAGACCAUUCUGAUGUUCUAACUACCAAAUUUUCUCUAGCAGAAGUUGAAGUUUCUCUUAAGAAAAUGAGCCUAAAUAAAUCCCUUGGGCCAGAUGGCUUUCCUAUUAGCUUCUUACAAGUAUGUUGGCCCUUCCUCGGUGAGGAAGUUACGAUAGCUCUGGAAGGAAUGAGAAACUCAGUCCUUCAACUUCAAGCUAACUUGGAUUCUUCAAGAGCAUUGCUAGAAUCUAUUUGGGGCAGGCAUGUCAAGGACUAUAUCUCACCCUUUGAGGGUGACUUAGCCAUGGGCUCAUCAUGGAGAUCUCUUGAUUAG